UAAUUUUUAGUUGGCCGAAGCUAUUACAUCAACAAUGUAUUGGGUUUAUUUUUUAAUAACUACUGUGCAGUUCGCAUAUUGUAAAGUACUUUUUUCGCCAACUACAGCAACUACAGUUGUAGAUUGGUGGCAAAAUGCUAUAAUUUAUGAAAUAUUUCCGUUGUCAUUCAAAGAUUCAAAUGGCGAUGGAUCAGGCGAUUUUAAAGGUAUAACUGAAAAAUUAGAUUACAUCGUAGAUUUAGGAGUGACCGCAAUUUGGAUAACGCCAUUUUUCGAAUCACCUUUAAAAUCUGGUGGUUACGACAUAAGCAAUUAUCUUAAGGUACAAGAAGUAUUUGGUACAUUAGACGAUUUCAAAGAUCUUUUAAAUGCGGCGCAUUCAAAAAAUUUAAAAGUUAUCAUGGACUUUGUUCCUAAUCAUACCAGUGAUAAACAUAUUUGGUUUGAAAAGUCUGCAAAUAAUGAAACUGAUUACGCAGACUAUUAUAUUUGGAAAGAUGCGAAAAAUCAAGAGGAAGUGUUAAACAAUAAUACAAUUCCCAUUGUGCCGAAUAAUUGGCUACGUAUUUGUGGUGAUGAAAGUGCUUGGACUUGGCAUACGACUCGCAAGCAGUUUUAUUUUAACCAGUUCAUCCAGAAUUUACCAGAUUUAAACUUUCGAAAUAAAAAAGUUCAUGAAGAAAUGAAGAAUAUUUUGAAUUAUUGGAUAACAUUGGGAAUUGAUGGUAUUCGAAUAGAUGCUUUAAAACAUGUAUACGAAAGUGAAAAUCUGGAGGACGAACCGAUAUUAGAUAGUAGUAUCGUUGGUAAUAAUUACACUAAUUUGGAUCAUAUUUAUACAACAGACCAAGAGGAAAUAUAUGACUUGAUUCAAGAUUGGCGUCUAUUGCUCGAUGAUUUCAAACAAAACGAUCAUUUUACAAGGAUAAUUAUGACAGAAUCAUACAGUAAUAACAGUGUUUUAUUUAAAUAUUAUACUAGUGGAGUCGAUGUACCAACAAACUUUAAUUUAGUAAGAUACUCUUCUUAUACUCCGAAGGAUUUUGCGAGAAAUAUUGAAGAAUGGAUAACUAAAAUGCCAGUUGGAGCAACAUUUAAUUCAGUGCUCCAAAAUCAUGACCACAAAAGAUUCUCUAUUUUAUACGGUUCAAAAUUAAUUGAUGGCAUGAAUGCUUUUUCCUUAUUUCUACCCGGCAUAGCUAUAGUUUUAUAUGGAGGAGAAAUUGGAAUGGAAGAUAUACCAGAUAAAGUAAAUUUUGCAAGAAGUCCUAUGCAGUGGGAUGACACGAAAGAUGCAGGGUUCACUAAUACCACACAUGAACCAUGGAUUAUGGUACAUCCAAAUUAUGUCAC